UAUAUUCUCGUCUAAUUUCUGUCAAUUCUUACCGCUCCCAGGUGUUCAAACGCUUCGUCGAGAUUGGCAGAGUUGCCUUCAUUUCCUUCGGGCCACAUGCUGGCAAGCUGGUGGCCAUUGUGGACGUUAUUGACCAAAAUAGGGCACUGGUUGAUGGCCCCUGCAGUGGUGUUAGAAGGCAGGCUAUGCCCUUCAAGUGCAUGCAGCUGACUGACUUUGUUCUCAAGUUUCCACACAGUGCUCGUCAGAAGUGUGUGCGACGUGCCUGGGAGAAGGAGAAUAUCAAUGAAAAAUGGGCAGCAACAAGAUGGGCAAAGAAGAUUGAAGCCCGAGAAAAGAAAGCCAAAAUGACUGACUUCGAUCGCUACAAGGUUAUGAAAGCAAAGAAAAUGAGAAACAGGAUCAUCAAACAUGAAAUGAAGAAGCUCCAGAAGAUGUCUUCUAAAAAAGGCAAGAAGUCAGAGAAGCCAGAGAAGUCGGAAAAGGUGCCGAAGUCAGAGAAGGUGCCGAAGUCCGAGAAGGCGCCAAAGGCACAGAAGGCGCAGAAAUAAAAUGAACUUCUAGUUAUGUUUGACAUUGUGUCCUUGUUCUGAUUCUUUAAAAUUAACAAAUGGUUAAACAUCUGAUUUAAAUU